GAAGUGGGCGGACAGCGGCGUCUGCGCGCGGAGGAGGUGGAGGAGGCGCCCGGCGGCCGCUUCCCGCCCCCGAGCCUGAGCCGGUGCCGAACGGAGUAGAGCCGAGGUCGGACCCGGAGAGGAGCCGGCUGAGCGGGCGCCGACUCCCCGCCAUGGCCCGGAACACGCUGUCCUCGCGCUUCCGUCGGGUGGACAUCGACGAGUUUGACGAGAACAAAUUCGUGGACGAACAGGAGGAGGCGGCGGCGGCGGCGGCCGAGCCAGGCCCGGACCCUAGCGAGGUGGACGGCCUUCUGCGGCAAGGGGACAUGCUUCGGGCAUUCCAUGCAGCCUUGCGGAACUCUCCCGUCAACACCAAGAAUCAGGCCGUGAAGGAACGAGCCCAGGGCGUGGUGCUGAAAGUGCUUACAAAUUUUAAGAGCAGUGAAAUUGAGCAGGCUGUGCAGUCACUGGACAGAAAUGGCAUUGACUUGCUAAUGAAGUACAUUUAUAAAGGGUUUGAGAAGCCCACAGAAAACAGCAGUGCGGUGUUACUCCAAUGGCAUGAAAAGGCAUUAGCAGUAGGAGGACUAGGCUCCAUUAUAAGAGUUCUUACAGCAAGAAAGACUGUUUAAAAAAAAAAAAAAAAAAAAAGGACUCAUGUUACCUUGAGAAGAAUUUUGGAUGCACAGGCUGAUGAAGAAGGGAUUGACAAUGGACCAUCUUCCUAGGAACUCCCAGCUAAACUAUUUCAGGACAUGCAUCAGCUGAAGUGUAUUUUAUUUUCAAGGUGGAGGGAGAAAUCGUCUGUUUCCUAAAUCCUUUGCAGGAUCUGCUAGUCUAUGCCUUUGUCCACAAGUAACACAGAACUGACAUUGUAACUGUCUCCUGGAGUGGCUGGCCAGCGUUGGUCAGGUGUACCUGUGUGCUCUGCCUCUUUAAAAUGGGGGAGGGACGACUUGGGCAGGUACAGAUCCAAGGGCUGUGGUAAAAGGGAGAGCUUGUUUUUUUGAAGUAGUAAAAACUUCAAGGGUUUGUACAGACAUCCCGUCUUCCCAGAGAAGAUGGGCUUUCUUGGGUUCAUUGUAAAGUGCCUGCUGCAUCAAUAAAGCUCUUGGCUUAUUAGUAUGUA